ACCUUGUCUAUCUAAAUCCGGGUCGUUAAAAUCAGCUGAUUGUUACUAAUUUGAGAUUGGUCGUCAAAAAGAAGACUUUAAAAAACGAACCUUGAUUAUUUGUGAAUGAUUUGAAGAACAUUGAGACACUGGUAUCAAAGUGGCGCAAAGAUGGAUGACCAAAAUAUUAAAGAAGGGGCACAGCAAAGAGAAGUUUGUGAGAAGAAGAAAAAACGAUCUGCUGUUGACGGGGGUUAUGGCUGGGUAGUAGUAGGAGCAUGUUUUGUCGUCCAUAUGUUUCAAGUGGGUUAUUUACGUGCUUUUGGUUUAUUGUUUGUAAAGUUUUUGGAAGAGUUUAAAGCACCUGCAUCUGUAACAUCAACUAUAAUGGGUGUACAGUCCGCCAUAUUUAGCUUAACGUCUUUAUUGGUACUGAAUGUGUUUAUAGAAUACUGGUCUAUAAGGGGCUAUGCUAUGUUGGGUAGUGCUGUGACAGCAAUCGGUGUUACCAUAAGUUGUUUCGCCCCAAAUGUUGAAUAUCUGAUCUUCUCACAGAGUAUGUUUAUAGGUAUUGGAAAUGCCUUUUCGUAUGGACCGGGCAUUGUAUUGAUAGGACGAUACUUCAAGAAACGUUUGGCAUUAGCUAACUCAAUUGCCAAUGCUGGCGUUAGUGCCGGAGCUGUGGUGAUGCCAAUACUGAUAUCUUACUUACUAGAAGAGUACGGUUUGCGAGGAAGUCUUAUUGUGUUAGGUGGUGUUAUGUCUCAGGUAAUUGUGUGUGCUGCAUUGUACAGAUCCCCAGAACAGUCAACUGACCCAGAUGAAAAUCUAAAGGUUAAUCCCGCGGAUUUCAAAAGCUUGGAGUCGUUUUACAACCUUGGUGAAUAUGCUUCUUCAAAGCUAGACAUGCGACAGGACAGUGUUAACAGUGAUGCCGAUACGGACUUCCGGGAUAGGGUGAAUUCUAACACUCCAAAAAUAAUUACUAAUAAAUUCUUGUUUCGAGAGAGAGCAUACUCUAACAGAUCAGAUAAGGUACAUUCGGAGAGUACACCAAAUCCUACAGAACUAAUGAAUAAACACAUUUUAAGAAACCAAUCAGUAGAAAACGGAAAUUCUGUCAACAACAGAAAGCGAUUCAUUUCCGAAAGUAAUCAUGCAAUAACCACUGAUAUUAUUGAGUCGUUAUCCCGAUCCAAGAUGUUGAUGUAUGCCAGUGAUCCUAACUUAGUGUACGCAUCCGUGUUGGACUUGAAGCAAGGAAAUAAGCACGCCCAAACAACCGCGGAAGAAAAACCUAAGACAAGCUUUUUAUCCAAACUUAAGAACAUUUUAGAUCUGUCUUUAUUCAAAAAUUCCAUGUUUUGGAUUGCAGCUGGUUUCACGCCUUUAGCGAUGUGUGGUGCAGCAUUGGCAGGGGCCUUUAUACCAGCUCUGGCUGGGGAAAUAGGUUUAAACGACAGUCAGGCUUCUCUACUAUUAACAGUUAGUGGAGCUAUAGAUAUAGUGAGUCGUCUGGUACCAGGAAUCCUUUCUGAAUUUAAGAUCCUUAAAAAACAAUACAUGGUUAUAAUAGCUCUCUCAAUACUAGGAAUCGUCUUUCAAUUUUCGUCAUAUUUUGAUAAUUUUGUGUUAUUAAUGGUAUUCUCGUCUAUAUAUGGCCUAUUUGGAGGUGUAUAUUUUUCCUUGUUAGCAGUCAUUAUUAUUGACUUGCUGGGGUUUGAAAAUUUUCCCAAGGCGUUUGGUUUUGUACAAGUGAUUCAUGGUGCGGCAGCUGCUAUAUGUUAUCCACUAUUAGGUUUAUUGAAGGACUUGACUGGUACUUACAAUACAUGUUUCCGAUUUUUAGGAGCAUGUAUGUUGGGUGCAUCUAUUAUCCUAGCAUUAGAACCAAUAGCAAGACGCAGGCAUAAUGCAAAACAGAAAGAAAGCAACAAAACGGAAUACAGUAAAAUUCCUUUAAAUGAACCAAAACAAACGGAAUUUAAUCCGGAUGUAUGAAAGUCUUGAAAUGUAUGAUUAUUAGUUAAUUUUAGUCAGGAAGGCAGAAAAUGCUUGAUUUUAGCCAAAGAUGGACGGUGCCUUAGGGCAAGGUGCGAUGGGUGUUAAAGUUUUUAUCGUCUACCAAAUCCACGGUAUAGUAUUAUCCUCGUGUGUAACCAGAGUGCAGCACUACCUUUUCCCAUUAAUUAUGUUAUUUAAAAACUUCAGUUAUUUAGUUGUCCGGUAUUGUACUAUUGAGGGGGGGGGGGGGCGCCGAUUUUUCCAGGGGGUCGCAGCUGCCCCUUGCCCCACCCGCUAGCUACGUGCCUGGUAUAGUCAGACAGUUGUGCUCAGAGUGCCUCCCCUGUGAAUGGAACCAGGGGUUAGUGGAGUAGAACGGAACUAUACCACUGGGGAUACCGAGGAUGAACAUUCAAGGGUCAAGUUUGUGUAUCGAGCACCCCUUUCUACUCAAGUGAUUUAUAUUAUUUCCAUUCUUAUAUAUGUACUAAUUUUGAAUUUUCCAUGAAACUGACUUUCAUUUAAUCAUAAUUAUAAUUUAAUCAAAUAUAAUUAUAAAAAAACACAAAUAUGUGCUAUAUUAUGUAUAAUCUACUGUAUAACGAAAUGAAAAUCGGGAGCCACGGGGGAUCAGUUUUUAAGGUUCUGGUUCGUAUUAUGUCGAUGUACGUACAUGUAUGUUAAAUGUAUAUUGUCCGUCCUAAAGUGUCUCAACGUUUCUACUAUGUACAUAUAUAUAAAAAAAUUUUCACCAAUCCUUUCACUCAUUCUGCAAAUCACUUUUGUAUAUAGCCUAUAACUGUGUAUGUAUACAUAAGAAGGCUCGGUAGUCGUAAUUCAACGAAGAGUAGCCAGAAACGCCUCCGUCCUGACAACUUUUACCUUACAACACACUGCAUGGCGUAUGCCCGACUUUAUUAUACACAUUUCAUUUCAUGAACCAGGAAAUGAUACAAAGGCAGACCAGCAGCUUCGUAGUAUGGGAAGCAAGAGCGGUCUUGUCUUUAACCCCAUUAUGCUUGUAUGCUAAAAACAGGGGUGGAUCUAGGAAUUUUGAAAAGGGGG